CUGUACGUCAGAUGUGACAGUUGGAUCACGACUAAUCGGGCCACGCUUAGUUGCCCCUGUUCCGCUGAGUGAUGAAGGCAAAGCAGAAGCUCUGCGCAGGUGACAAGUCGCAUCUAUCCCACUUGAGCAGGUAAGCGCUGCGACACGCCCAUCUGCACCGGGCUGUCAAUCACGAGCAGCACGACGCGCAAGAGAGUCCCGGCGGAUUGAGUGUCGGUUUAGUGCCUCUUCGGACGUCCCCCGUGAUGCUGGGAACGGAUUACCGGCUCCGUGCCCGCUGAUUUUCGGAUGAGGGGAUUCGAACCCUCGAACCGUUUCCACGCGGGGACGCGCUUCUCCGAGAAAUGUCUCUCCUGCUCCUCCGGGGCCCGCCGCCUCCGCCGCGCGUCUUCUUCUUCUUCUCUGUCUGGAUCCUCGCGUCUACGGGCGCGCUGGAGACGAUCGACCCGGACAGGCCGGAGCUGAGCUGCAGCGAGGGUUUGAGCGACUGCGGCGUGAUCUCAGACUCCCCCCUCGCUGCCGUGCCGGACGACGCGGUGGACGUCGCGCGCGUGCGGCUCCGCGUGGUGCUGGGGUGCUCGGCCGCGCAGGAAUGUGAGCCGUACCUGCGGAUCGGCAUCGCGGUGCAAGACGUGGUCGGUGGAAACAAGGCUUCCGGGGACCAUGACCCCGACGAAGAGGACUUGUUUGGAAGCAACCCACCGGCGUAUGGAAGCGGCGCCUCGGUGCCCCCCGAGCAAAGAGCUCUGCUGGCGGUGUGCAUCAGUUCUCCCGGCGCCCAUGAACUUUGGAGGACACUCCAGUUUAAAUCGAGCCAUUCCGGUUUCAACCGAGCCUCAGCUCCGAGUCCCACGCACCAGCUGCUGUUGACGGUGAAAACAAUGUUCGGCGCGCCGGUUGUGGUCCUCGUCUACACAACCGGGAAGCACAUCAAAAGAAACAUCACAAUCCCAUCGUUGGAAGCGGUUUGCUCCAUGAACCUCGAGAGGACUGAAAAGACAUGUGAUGUUCCCAGGAUCCGAGCGGUGAUUAACAGCGAGAAACACGUGGUCCUGCAAAUGGAAAGCGCCGAAGCCGCGUCCCAGUGCCGGUUGGUGUGGAAUGUGACCGGAGAGGUUCUUGUGUGGCCCAAAGGCGAGGGGGAAAUGGUCCUUCCAUCCAACUUCGUGGCCCCGUGCUUGUGCUUCCAGGUGUGGUGCGAGGGAAAGGAACUCCGAGGUGAAUUCUGCCCUUUCAAACACCAGCAAGAUAUGCUGGAAGGAAUGCAGCUGAGCGUGUCCGUGUCGUUGUCCCAGUCCCCGGUGAGGGAGGGUGGCGUGGGCCUGCUCUGGAAUGUGACCGCCCCCUGCAGACUAGAGGCCGAGCUGAGGCUGUGCAGGCAGGAGGUGGCGGCGGGAGGCCGCUGUGAGGAGGUGACGGGCUCCAGGCUGAGUCUGCACGGCGGCUGGAGCGCCUCGCGAGAGGGACUCUGGAAAGCAGGAGAGUUCAACGUGUCGUCACAUCCACUGCUUUGUGUCCAGAUAAAGCUACAUGGGAUGAAGUCAUAUCUGGAGCCCCAGUGUCCAUUUACAACGUCUCGAUGGAGAUGGAGCCUCCCCAUCUUCGUCGGACUGAUACUGAUGUCUUUGGCCUUACUUGGAGCCUACCUCAUACGAGGGGUCCUAAAAGGAUACAUGUGGAGAUGGUUGAAGGAUGAUGAUGUUAAAGGUGCUGUGGGUGGGGGUCACGUGGUGCUGCUGUACCCGCCGGACGACGGCGACGACCACGACCAGGCUUUGCCGGAGCUGAUGAGUCACCUGGGCUCGUGCCUCCAGGCCCUGGGCUUCAGCGUGUCUCUGGACCUGUGGAGCCGCACCGAGCUCAGCGCCCUGGGCCCGGUCCCCUGGCUCCACUCGAGGCUGAACCGACUGCAGGGUCAGGGGGGCAAAGUGGUGCUGGUCCUGACCCAGGCCGCCUGGGUCCGCGCCGAGGAGUGGGGGGCCCGGAGCCUGGAGAGGAACGGAGACGCGGGGGACAAGGGCGACGCCCCUCCGCGCUGCGGGGACGUUUUCACCGCCUCGCUGAGCUGCGUCCUGGGGGACUACCUGCAGGGGCGCGCCGGCGAGCGCUUCGUGUUGGUGCAGUUCAAAUCGCUCCUGCCCCCCGGCGGCUUCCGGCCGCUGCCGGAGCUUUUCCGCGGCCUCCACGUCUACAGCCUCCCCUCCCAGAGCCUGGGCUUCCUGACCGAGCUGGCCGGUGCGCGGCGGGUGGCCACGGCGUCGGCCAGGCGCAAAAGAGCCGGGGGCCUGCGGAUGGCGUCCCGAGCUCUGGCGCGCCGCCUGUCGGGGUUCACGGCGGGGACGACUGUCCUGCGCCUGGCGGGGGUUGAAGACUCGGGGGAAACGGUGCCGUUGCGGCCUCUUCUUGUCACGCCGCCCUCCAGUCCCGACGCAAACCACAAGGGCGGUGACAUGGAAGCAGUCUGACGGCUCAUGGGGGAGGGGAGGGAUUUAGGAAUGAGCAGCCGGUAAUUAUUGUCUGCAGCUGAUCAACAUCUGGGGUCCAGGGUUCAGGGUUCAGUGCUUCACAAUAAAAGCAUGCACAAAUCAGCGAAGUCAAGACCACCUAAAACGUAAAAAGACAUUUUGGGUUUGAGACCAAACUAAGACGAAAGUGGGUGAGGGAGUCAAACCCCCUGCAAGAAAAUAUUAGUAGGCCAGCAAAAUGAUACUAAAAUGAAGAACCCGUCUCAAAGUAUUUGCUGCUUUGUUUGCCUCUCAACGCGGUUUGUUCUUCUCAAAAUGAGCCGUAACAUUCUAAUGAUUGACGGUUUGCAUGCGUAUGUAGCCUGAUACACUGCUUUACUUUUAACUGUACACUCAAAGGCAAAGUAAGUUACCUCAACAGUACUGUUUUACUUUACUUUAAAUAUGUUUUGCAUUAAACAGCACUACCGUCUGUGUGCUUCAGUAUAUUCAGCACAAAGUUAAAAUAGAUUGUACAAGCGCAGUGGAAGGUGAAAUGAGACACACAGCUUUCUUGUAGUUGGAGAAUGAUUUCCAAAACACUAAGAAGAUGUUUACUAUGAUGUGUGUGUUUUCUAGAGUAAUAUUCACAACUGUGAUAAAAUAAAAAAAAACUACAAACUAACUGACGCUAAUAAAUGAUCCCAAAACAUUUAUUGAACUAAACAUGAGUUAGGAAUCUUCAUAAAUAUUUUGGUGUAUGAUACUGUGUUUUAUAGUACAAUUAUUGAUACACAACUCUGCACUAUUGAAUUAAUAACACUACAAAAGAACAGAUUUAUCGGGGCAGAUGGAAAUGUUGCCCUUCGUCUGGGUCUCUAUCAGGUAAACACGGGUUGCUCUGUCAGCACUUUCCUUGUUGUUAGCAUUGUUAGCAUCGUUAGCUGUGAGCCACAGCCAUAGAGAGGCAGUCAGCGUCCUCCUUAUGGUGUUUGUACAUGUAAACAUGGUUGACUACUAAUUGAUAACAAAGAUUCUGCAUCACAAUCAUAUAAAAAGAAUAUACGUUUCCCCACUGCCCCCCUCAGCUAGCUAACGCUCAGCCCUUUAAUCUCUUCCCAGAUAAAAAUGAUAACUAAUCUAAUAAACCCUGUGAACCACUUAAAGUACACAAUGAAGUGUAGCCUAGAUAGAUUCAUAUGAAAUGUAAUACAGUGUAACUGUAACUUGCGUAUAAUCUCUGCACUUUACCACAAUGCAAAGCACUGUAAAGGUGUUUAUUUUGCAUGUUUUGGGGCCUUUUGUGGUAUUUCAACAUUGGAAAGCUCUGACAUGAAGUUUAAAAAAUAUAUACAAAAAUAAGCUAUUUUCUUAUUCAUACAGGAGAAUAUUUUCAAUUGCAUUGUCCAGGCAUGUCUGGUUUGUCAUACUGUGUAAAGUGGGAUUUGAAUAAAGAACCUGUCUGAAUAUGUCACACAUACUGUACGUCCACAUCAUAGUUUAUUUUUCAUCUUCACUGAGUGUUCACAUCAUAGUCUAUUCAUCUCCACUGCAUGUUCACUAACUCUCCUGUCAUUUCAGAUCCUCCCACCUCGUCACCUGAUUUCCUGCACCUGGUUCUCCUCACCCUCACCUGUGGUGCCUCCCCUCGUCAGUCACUCACUAUUUAAGCCAGUCACAUUCUGUUGCUCACUGCCAGAUUGUCUUGUGUGUUUAAACCAAGUUUUCCAGCGUAACCCGAAGUUAUCCUGUUUUCCUCGACCCCGAUUUACAUGCCUGCCCCGUUUUGGAUUUGUCUGACUGUCCGUGUGCCAUCCUGCUUCUGACCCUGCCUGUCCUCGUCUACGGAUUACCUGCCUGCCCCUCUGGACUCGUUGGCCCCCCGACGGAUCUCCCGGUUUUGACCCUGCCUGAACUUUGAUUAAAACCCU